GCAGUUUGAAUAGCGGCGGGCUUUCCUUCUUCUACACCAUGUUCUGAAAAACCUCCUUUCCUUCACCUUCUCGGGUAGUUUUAGAACUCUUUCUUCUUUCCCUAGCUAGUACGAGACCUCUGAGAUCUUCUGUGACCGUAUUUGACUCGAAUUCUUAGUUUAGUAAUAAGUUUUGUUCCCCGUAAAGAAAGCCAAACGAAUUUGAACUUCAUCUAACAUGGCCGCGUUUCGACAAAGAGCAGAGAGUUUCACUCUCGAGUUCCCGAAUUCUCCUAUGGAUGCUGUUCCUAGCGCUGUUCUUUCGCCAAUUACAGAGCUCUCCAUGAAUCUUGAACACAAUUCAAUCAGCAUGGGUAGAACUCCUAAAAGAAAGCUCUCACUUUGUAACCUUGGAACGCCAAGCACACCGAAUCCAUCUCCUUGUUUUCUACGAACACUGUCCAACGAAUCUGGUUACUGCCCUUCAUCUCCAGGUUGGCCUGGCUGUGAAUCACCAACAUUAGAAAUUUUGAAGACGACGACAGAGCGCAAAAAAUCGUUCCAUUUGAAUCGACCAUGUUUUCAGAGAUGGAACUCCUCUCCCGCUGGCACAGAAAAUGAUCAUAUCAGCAAUAAAGAAAAUCUUCCCAUCAAUACAGACGAGUCAUACAAUCAAGAGCCUGGCUCCUGUGAAAAGAGCAAAGAGGAAUUUGUGUUCACUAGACCAAGGGUACCAUCAUUUGUUAGAAGGUUUUCUGUGCCUAACAGAAAUGGAAGACCCUGUCCUCAGCGCUCCUUUUCAGAUCCAACAUCAGAGACAAUUGAUUUUCCAAUGGAACUUCUAUCACCUUCCAAGUCUAAUGACAGCCAAGAUAGUGCCUGUUAUGUUGAUUAUGAGGGAGAUGAUGGUUUUAUCGAUGAUCUAGUUGACCAAGACGAUGGAAAGGAUGACAAUGCAAGUAUGCCGUCUGGAAUGGCAGACCUUUUGAGUGCUCCAUUUGUUCCAGAAAAGAAUUCUCCAGAACUAAGUGAUUGUAAUAGUAUAAUAAAUAAAUUGGACACACCCAAGCAAUUGUCUUUCAACUCAGAUGUCCGUCCCAGAGAUUUAUUCAACAUAGCAAAAGAUAAGGGCAGGCAUUGUUCAAGUACCCUCCUUGGGUCUGACAUUGAAAAGGGUGCUUUAAGACCAAGAUCAAAGUCAUUUGCUCUCAAGAGACCAAACCCACCUCGAGAUGCUAAUCCCAUGGAAAAGAAAAGAUUAAGGCAACGUUGUAUGUCUUUGGUAGAAAACAAUGGAAUGUUUCCAUCACCUCUACUGAAUAACCGGCCAUCAUUUAAGCACAGCCCACUAAAGAAAUCAAAGUCAGAAGUAUUUGAAAACAGACCGGACUUGUCAUUAGGAAACUUUCUGGGCACAAACAAAAAUAUGGUUGGAGAUUUCACCAGGCCAUACACCCUACCUACUUUACCAAUUGGGCAACAUCAAGACUUGAAGAGCAUCACUCCAGAGACUGUUGCAAGAGUUAUAAGUGGAGAAUUUGAAGAUAUAGAAGCUCAUAUUAUUGAUUGCCGUUAUCCCUUUGAAUAUAAGGGUGGCCACAUUAAGGGUGCUAUCAACAUUUACAGAAAGGAAGAUAUGUUUGAAGAAUUCUUAAAGAAACCUAAGCAUUCUGGUAGCAAGAAGGUUAUCCUGAUCUUUCAUUGUGAAUUCUCUUCUAAAAGAGGACCAGACAUGUCAAGAUUCUUACGUAACCGUGAUAGAGAUAUUCAUGGUAAAGACUACCCAGCACUAUAUUAUCCAGAAUUAUACCUAAUAGAAGGAGGAUACAAGGCUUUUUUCAACAAUCAAAAGGAAUACUGUGAUCCACAAGAGUAUGUUUUAAUGCUUGAUGAAAACCACAGUGAGGACCUAAAGUUAUUUAGCAAGAGAUCUAAAUCCUGGUCAGGGGUACAUGGAAAGAAAGGCUUUCGUCCUGGCUUGAAUUACAGAUGAAUAAACAGCACAUCCUUCUUUACAGUAAUUUACAUCAUACAUGACCAGUAAAAUAGACAUUUGAGAGACAAAUUAAUAAAAUUCAUUUAAAAAAAGAAACUUUUAGGGAUAUUUUGCUUUAAUUUUUUGUGACUUUGUUUAUUAAUGUUUUUUCCUGAAUAAUAAAGAUUGGAAUACCUUUUAAAAAAUGUCUAAUUUACUGGUUAUAUAUGAUAGGCUUUAUUUCUAUCUUUUCUGGGGCUUAUCUUCAUUCUAUGACUCUUAAUUUAUUUGCAUUGCAACAUUUUCAUAUUAUACAAUCCUUUCUUUUGAUUGUUUCCAUGACAAUGAAACAUCAAGAAACGCACAAUGUGGAAAACAUUCUCACAUUAAUAUUUGUUAAAUCAUAUCAGGAUGUCCACUUGAUUCACUGGAAAAAUUGGUUCUUCUACUGAGUAUUAUACUUCUACAACAUCUUGUAAUAUAAAUUCAAACUUUACUACAGCAAUUAUAGCACUUGUUACAUUACACCCAUUCAAUGAUGUAACACAAUUUGUGAUUUUUAGAAUUAUUAUUAAUCAAUACUAUCAUUUAAUGUAAAGAAAGCUGUGCUUUUUUCUCCUUUUUUUUGUAUUGACCUUUUGUUUGAUUGUAACAAUUCUUCCCAAUUAUUUGAAGUACAUUUCUUAUAAUUGAAGAGGCUGGCUUCUCUUCUCAUAUGUAUUAACAACUUAACAAAGAAAUAAUUUUUUUAAAGAGAGGCUAGUGGCUUCUAAUAUGUGCUUGGGGAGAUGUUUAUGAAGAAAGAAAGAGUUUUCUUUAUUUUUCAUUAAUUAUAUACAAAUAAAAUCAAUGCUAUUUCCAACAGAAUUUAUCAAAUUAUAUUAUGAUUAAAAUAUUGAAACAAAAGGUCCAUACACUUAUAUAAAUGCACCAACAAAUAACUCCAAUCAUAAUGCUUAGUACAUAAAGAAGUAGUUGCAUUAGAGUGGUUUUCAUAAACCUGUGAAAUACACUUUAGCUUAUUUAAUACUGUUACACUCUAAUUCUUUUGUUCUCUAAUGUGUUUAUCUAUUACACUCUAAUUAGUACAGUAAUGAUGAAAAGAUAAAUUAUACACC